UCAAAGUAUGCAGACUGUAUGUAUAGUCAAAAGUAAACAGAAAAUACAUUUUUUUUAAAAAUGUUUGCCUCUAAAAGUUCCAAAUAUUAACAUGUCAAAAUAGUUCAGAAAUUCUGUCGCAGAGCUGAGCUGCUCUUAAAAGUGGAACUUUUGAAAUUCAGAAAAUUGCGUGUUUAUUAUACCAAUGGACCUUUCCGAUGGUGAUCUUAAGCUCCGCCCCCUCAGCCAUGUCCCAAAAGCUUCCAAAAUGGCGAUUGAACAGAACACGUUUGAAGUCGGUUUUCUAUCGCGUAUUCCAGAUAAUAUUGGGGUAUGUUUUUUUGCCAAAUGCGUUAAACUUAUCCAAUAGAGUUCCGCACAUAGGUCUCAGCUAUUUCACGCAAACAUAUGUACACGGAAUUAAGAUUUUGGAUGGAGCAGGACGCAAUGUCAGAGUUACAGUGAAACGUUGGCGAUUAUGUUGGCGAGCGAUUGACAGGCAACAAUUAUGAACUGGUCUGCGUUGGAGGCCCUCCUCGGCGGGGUCAGCAAGUACUCCACGGCGUUCGGCCGCGUCUGGCUCUCCAUGGUCUUCGUCUUCCGGGUCUUGGUGUUCGUGGUGGCGGCGCAGCGAGUGUGGGGCGACGACAGCAAGGACUUUGACUGCAACACGCAACAGCCCGGCUGCACCAACGUUUGCUACGACGCCGUCUUUCCCAUCUCCCACAUCCGUCUGUGGGCACUGCAGCUCAUCUUCGUCACGUGUCCCUCCUUGAUGGUGACGUGUCACGUGAAGUAUCGGGAGAAUCGAAACAGGAAUUAUGCCCGGUUACACGAGGGGACUGCUCUGUAUGCCAACCCUGGGAAGAAACGAGGCGGUCUGUGGUGGACUUACUUGGUCAGCCUGAUUUUCAAGGCCGGAUUUGAUGCCGCCUUCCUUUACAUUCUCCACCAUAUAUACCAGGGCUUCGACAUGCCACGAUUGACCAAGUGUUCUCUGGAGCCGUGCCCCAACACAGUGGACUGUUAUAUUUCGAGGCCUACUGAGAAAAAAAUCUUCACCCUGUUUAUGGUUGUCUCUUCGGCUGUCUGCAUCUUCAUGUGCCUUUGCGAGAUGGUCUACUUCAUCUGCAAGCGUUUACAGAAAUGCUGCAGAGCGAGGUCUGCCCUCGGUCCAGAAAAGUCAGCGCCCGAGUCCAACCUCAGAUCCAGAAGCGUCAUUAGAGUUGAUCCCACCGCUUCCAUUUGCGACCUCAAAAUGAUGAGUGAGGAAAAGCGGAAAUGUGAAAGCAACAAGGUGGAUCACAUUAAAGGCAAACAUAUCAUGAUUUUGUAAAAUGAUUAUGAAUAUACCCAUUGUCCAAGUGGUAAAGGUUAUGAUGUGUUUUCACAUCUUAUUUCACGAUUUAAAAGUGUGCACUUAAGGUGAUAAAAGUGGGAAUUUUCAGUUCAACAUUUUUGCAUUCACAUCAGUUGAUAAUCUCUAUAAAAUCAAUUUUUAGGUACUGUAUCCUAAAUCAAAUUAAUAAUAAUAAUCACGAUAAGAAUAAUGAUAAUAACAUUGUAGAUGUAUAACACGUCUCCAAUUAACAUAGCAUUGCCGUGUUAGUCUACCGAGAUACUGUUUGCCAUAUUAGUAAAUACGUAUUUUAAAAUAAAAUAAAAAUGACAAACGUGGAUAAGGUUUUACUGCCUCCUACCGUCCAAUGAGAAACACCGACGCAACAAGCGCUUUUUUAGAGACUUUUCCAGCAGAUGUGUAAUAUGUACGUUAUGCGGGUUUAUUAUAUGAUUUCUGAUUUUUUUUUUUUUAAUUUCCCCCACUCCUCUUUCCAAUCGGUGGGUGAGAGGGCGGGUCAUACAACCUAAAUGAAUAUAACAUGGAACUUGUUAACAUUCAAUUAAGGAUAUAAUCCAAUUAAUUAUAGUGAAUUGUAUGUUAUAUUAUUCUGUUGGGUGAGCAAUAAACUACUGUCAGACGUCACAUACUGGAUUCUGUAUCAUUUAUUUGGCUUUUUUUCUGUAUUCUCAUACUCAAUAAAUCACAAGGCAGCAUUAAAAAAACGUUUGGUCGUCAUAACUACCAGGUCAAUUAUAUUUAUUUCAUUGUAUUGUAUUUCCCUGGAUG